GUUGACGAUAAAACAACCAAAUCCAAUUCCUUUUGUCAAUCGAAAGAAGAAGCUUUAGCUGCGGGGCUCAUUCUCCCCAACAAUGUCGGUCUCCUCUUCCUCCGCUCUUCUGCUCAGCUCCCAUGGGGCCCAAACCCCUCCCAAAAUCUUCGCUAUCCUCCCCACAUACCGCCCAUUCUCCCUCUCCCUUUCCAUCUCCCUCACUCCCAACCCCAUUACCGCCACCCUAAACCUCCCUAGAAAACCCCACUCCUUACCUACCACCUCCUCUCUUCUUCCCCUCCAUAACGACCUCCUGGAGGACCAUGUCGUUGGCGACUGCGUCGUUUUUGAGGAUGGCGUGUUCGAAGACCCUUUCAUCGAAGAUGACGUCGCUUUCGAGGCUUCCCCUCCCCCUCCCAAGCACAAGAAACCAGUCGCGGAGAUCCAGACCGAGAAUCUCGUCCCGGACCAGUGGAAGGAAGUCCAAGCGGAGAUUAAUAUCACCAAGAAAGAGAGGCGUAAGAUUGCUCAGAAAUUGCAGUACGGCAGCCGGGUCGAGAAGAGGAAGAAGGGUUACGAGCCCAUCAGGAAUGUGAACGUCCUGCAGGAGUUAAAGGAGGCCAAGUUGGCGCAGCUGAAGCCACUCGUGCUCGACAAUCCUACGCAGUUCCCGGUGGUGGAGGAGGAGAAGGGGGAAGAAGUAGCUGAAGUGAACGCGCCUGCGUCAUCGAGCGAGCGAGUCGCGCCCAAGAAUCCCAGGUGGGCGGUUUACGGUAGGGGCUUGGAGGAUGUGACGGAGUUCUUCAAUAGUGAGAAUUAUGUGCCUGGUGAAGAUAAAUCCUCCGAAGGGCGUCGCAAGUUGUUUACCAAGGAGGAAAAGCUUCUGCUGAAGAUGAAAAAGCCUGAUGUGGCAGGUGCCACCUCGGACAAGUGGCUACCUUUGCACACUCUUGCUGCAUCUGGAGAGUUUUACCUUAUGGAUGCUUUGUUGAAACAUAAUGUCGAUAUUAAUGCUGUGGAUAAGGAUGGUUGGACAGCUCUUCACAAAGCGAUAAUUGGAAAAAAGCAGGCCAUUACAAACUAUCUUUUGAGAGAGUCAGCCAAUCCAUUCAUUCUUGAUAAAGAUGGGGCCACCUUGAUGCACUAUGCAGUCCAAACAGCUUCCAGUCAGGCAAUUAAAAUUCUUGUUCUGUAUAAUGUUGAUAUCAACCGUCAGGACAAUGAUGGUUGGACCCCGUUACAUCUUGCCGUUCAAGCCAAGAGAACAGAUGUAGUGAGACUUUUAUUGAUCAAAGGAGCCGACAAGACCGUAAAAAACAAGGAUGGUUUGACCCCACUUGACCUUUGCCUUUGUUCUGGUCAAGACACAAAGACUUAUGAGCUGAUCAAGCUGUUGAAGCAGCUUCCACAGCUAAGGCAAGGUGAACUACUAUAACCACAACAAAUGCAGUCAUGGACGAUUCAGCUGCUGGAGAUGACAGUGCAUGGACAUAUUUCAUUAGUCUAUUUUUGGGUGUUGUGGAUGGAUGCGAUGCGGGGAGAGGCCGCGACAACAAAAACACUAAUUAAAGGAACGUGAUUUAGACACCCUGGACCUUGCAAAACUAGCUAGUAAGUUUGUAAAUUGUAAUAUUUUGUAAUUAGCAAAGAUGUUGAUGGUAGAAUGUAACAAUCCGUUCGAAAAAGAUAAAAGAAGAAAGAAAGGAAGAGAAUCUCGUCCAUAUGCUACUUUUUUAUUUAUUUUUUAUUAUUAGUAUUGGAUUGUCUUUCUUGCAUUUUAAAUUUCUGGAUCAAUGUAUUGAUAUCCUUCAAAAUUUUGGUAAGAAUAAAAGAGCGCAGGUGAUGGUGUUAUAUUAUAAA